AUGCAUUGCAAACUCCCAUCCUUACUCAUCCUCGCCGCCGCUUUCAGCGCGGCGGCCAGUCCUCUCGAAACUGAUUCGAUUCUGGACACCGGAGCUGAGACCUUCUCCGGACCUCUCGAUCCGGAGAACACUCUCGAAGCCAGAGUCAACAGGCCAGCGGAAGUCUUUCCUACCCCAGGACGUGCCAUCUGUACUAAGAGAUUCACGUACGGCUGGUUGAAUUUCCAAUUUGUGACCUGGAACGUCAACAUCGGUGUUCCGUACCAGGCCAACUGUCCACAAGUGAACAAGCUCAAGGCGAAGUAUUCAGAGCUAGGGACCACUGUAUCGACUGGACCAAAGAAUGGCGGCAAAGUUACCUCAAUCUCCAUUACCCAACUUCCGCCUCCAGUCACAGCCAAAGCCAAGCCAGGCAAAGUCAAGCCUGUCGUCCUGGAAGGUCUCAACAAUUUCUUGGGACGCAUCUAUCCAGGCAUCACAUUCAACUGUCCCGAUGCUUGA